UGUCCCGCAGGGUUCGGUUCUAGGACCAACACUGUGGAAUGUUAUGUACGAUGACCUUCUUCGUUUGGAGCUGUUCGGAAAGCGUGCGGACAUUAUAGGGUUUGCUGAUGAUGUGGCGUUCACCCUUAUAGGGAGGGACCCGCAGGAAAUCAGCAACCUUGCUACGAGGAAUCUGGAGAUGAUCGAGCGUUGGAUGGAUGGAGUGGGAUUGAAGCUGGCCCAUCAAAAGACCGGCUACAUGAUCUUCUGCACUCAUCACAACCCGCAGGGCAUGGGUUUCUCCGGAGCUACUUCGUCGAAAAAGGCAUCCUCGACGGCUCGCCAAACUGCCCGGUGUGUGAACACCAAGUGGAAGAUGUCGACCACGUAAUGUUCCACUGUCCACGGUUUACUCGAACCCAACACGAGAUGCAGCAGCAGAGCCACACCCGCUUGACGAUAGAAAAUCUUGCAGCGGAAAUGUGUGCCAACAGCAACACAUGGGAAGCAGUCCGGACCGCCGCAAGGACCAUCUUCAGAAACCUCCAAGUGAGAUGGAAUGAGGAAAGUCCACCUACGGCCAGACGGAGACGACAACAACGACGGCGGAACACGGAACAAACGGGACCGCACCAAAGGAUGACGACAACGGAAGCAGCAGCAGCAGCAGCAACGAGUAACCAGAGCAGCAGCAGGAGCUAGACCCCACCGGAAGUAGCGGCUACGGACGGGCGGAAUCAAGCAGCAGCAGCGGAAGGAAGGCACGAAGCAGCAGCAGCAGCUGAGACAACUAGGACGGAUGACGCAGUGGCAGCAUUGGAAAGCAGCAGCGCGUCAACAGGAUGGGUGCAUCGCACAAACGUUCCUGCAUGGAGUACUACGCACAUCAAGCGCAUCGGCAGGGUUCGGAUCAGGUCGAGGAGUGGUUUAGUUAGGGUCCCAUCGGCUGCCGGGUCCGCUUCACGGGCCCAGCGUCACGAUGAAUCCCACAUAACCCAUCUCGGAGGGAUUGGUUUGUAGCCGCAAGCCGCCCUUCGAGGUGGGUACCUUUUGAAGGUUCCCUCCCCGUUAAAAAAAAAAAAAAAAAAAAAAAAAAAAAAAAAAAAAAAAAAAAAG